UCUGUGUGUUUCUUCUCCAGGUGCGUCUGAUGUGGCCACAGAACUCGUGUCAGUGUUCGUGAUGAAGGGAGACUCGGUCACUCUUCACACUAAUAUCACAAUGAACCGUCGAGAAAGAUUUAAAUGGUAUUUCAUUGACGAUCUCAUCGCUCAAAUCAAUGGAGAUCUCAGUUAUAUCUGCACCGAUGUUCAGUGUAAUAGAGAAGAUGAGAGAUUCAGAGACAGACUGAAGCUGGAUCAUCAAUCUGGUGAUCUUACGAUCGCAGACAUCAGCACUUCAGAUACUGGAGUGUAUCGACUACAGACCUUCAGAAGCAGACACACUGGAAACACUUUCAAUGUUGAUGUUAAUGGUGUUUCUGCUGAAGUGAAGAGAAAGUCAGUGAAGGAGGGAGAAUCUGUCUCUUUAGACACUCCUGGAGUAAAAAACCCAGAUGAUGUGAUCACGUGGUGCUUUAAUGACUCUCUCAUCGCUGAAACCACUGGAGAUCAGACUCACAUCUGUACAGAUGUCCAGUGUAAAGAGAGAUUCAGAGACCGACUGCAGCUGGAUCAUCAGACUGGAUCUCUGACCAUCACACACACCAGAUCCACAGACUCUGGAGAAUAUACACUGAAGAUCAGAUCAAGAAGAAACCACUACACUGUCACGAGCAUCAAGAGCUUCACUGUGUCUGUAACUGAUUCAGGUGUGUCUUCAGCUGUUAAAGCAGUGAUAUAUCUGGCUGUAGUUCUGCUGAUAGCUGCACCUGUUGUUGUUGGAGUCAUUUUCUAUUUCUUCAGGAGCUCCAUGAAGGAUGAAAAGAGCCUUCAAGAUCGGAGAGGAUCCCAACCGGAUCAGUGUGAAGACACCGAUGCAUUAUUCCCAUUUCAGUGAAGUGACAAAAACAGGUUCUUAUUUAUCACAGGACACUUACUGUUACCUGGUUUGGAAAUGUUAAAUCAGCUGUGACGGGAGGCAAAGAUCAUUUUACUAAUGUAAUCAUCUGAAUGUCAUAUAUAUAUGUACACACAGUGGCUGUAAAACGAUAUCUUAUAAAUUAGUCGGCUCGUAAACAGUGCUAGAGAUUUUAUUAACUUGAGAGAAUUUCUAAAGAAAAAAUGUUAAAUACCAGUUAAACCCAAGAUGUUUGCAGUUGUUACGGAUAAAAAAAAAAAAUGUACUGGAAUGAUAUUUAUUACUCCUGAAAUGUCUGUAAAGGUGAGAUAUGCUUUCUAUAUAUGCUAUUUUCCCAUUGCACAUAUUCUGGACCGAUGUGGAACGUUUAAUUAAGAAAAAAGAAAAGGAAAUUGCUUUACCGCUAAAUGUUUACAGCUACACAUAUCUGCUACUAUUAUUAAUAUACAUGGGAACGUUUCAUAUUUUAAAAUGACUUUUUUUUAUUAUUAUUUAAAUGCUUUGCAAACUGUAAAAAUGCCCUUAGAUUAUUUAUGAUGCAUGUAUUUUUAUGUUAUAUUGUAUUAUUUAUUUUUUAAAUUAAUUUAUGUUUGUGUCUGCUUAGGAAUAGAUAUUUGUGUCAUUGUAGCCUUUUGUUUCUGGUUAUGGCAAUAAUACUACUACAAAUGAUGAGCUUUAUGGUUUACUGCACCUUGCUAUUAGGUGAAGAUGUCACUUUUUCAUAUUUGUAUGUUUGAUUUAUAAGUUAUUUUAUAUGGAUGUAUUUGUUAAAACUUUGAAUAAAUGUAGCACUGUGUGCUGAAUGUGAAUAA